AUACUCGGUCGAACCCUGAUCAUCUGAGAAUGAUAUCAGCUGAACUGAACAUGAUGCGUUCACGCAAACUCUUGAGUCCUCUAAAGCCACGUGGAUUUCUUCCAAGGCGCAAGGAUCCAUUCAUACGCGCUCUCUCCUUUUACGAAAACGCCAAAGAAUUCCGCCACGCGGCCAUCACGAAUUUUCAUUAUCAGAGUUUAAAAUAAAAAUACGAUGCCUCCCCACGCGGGCGCGAGACGCACUCAGAAAUAUACUUCUUCUGGAAAUGACUUUAAAACCCUGAAGCAUCUUUACCGCGAUCAUUUGGCCACAUUACGGGAAUUGUUCCCCGACUGGAGUCAGGAAGACUUGGUAUUCGUCAUGCACGAAGCCAACGGUGAUCUCGACCUCACCAUUGGCCGCAUCUCUGAAGGUCAUGCAAGUCAAUGGGGUCAAGUCAAGUCAAAGAAACCCAAAGCAGUCGCGUCACAACAACAACAACAACCACAGCAACCUAUAAAGCAGGCCUUUACACACAGCGGUAAAAAGUCUUUUCCUCGUUCAAGUGACAGCAUUCGUGGUGGCAAGACAAGGGGUACUGGUCGAUCAAAUAGAGGAGGUCGUUUCGGUGACAGAGCCAAUCGUACACAGCCGAGUCCCGCCGAACCCGAGCCUGAAAAGAAACCAGAAGAAGUAAAGCCGUCGUGGGCUAGUAUACUCAAAGGCCCACCGAAACCAGAACCCGUCCCUGCACCUGAACCUGAAAUUGAAGCCGCUCCUGCGACAGCAACAUCCACAGAAAAUGAAAAACCAAAGGUGACCGAUGAUGACGUCGCGGCCACAUCGACGGAGCCAUCUUUAUCCAAUGCAACGCCAAAACAACCCAGUGAAUCCAAUGACACAACAGAAGCGACACCCAUGCAGAACAAUGUAGAAAAUCACGACGAGGGAGAGAAAGGAGAUGAAGAGGAGACACCGAGGGAUUCACCUACAGCUGACAGUGAAUCCAAGGCUCAAACUGAAGAUAAACCAUUGAAGGACGAUAAGGAAGUGGAGAAAGUGACCGAUGAGAAUGUGGAGUCACUCCAAGUGGAGAAUGCGGCCAUGGUGGUGGAGGAGACUUUGACCACCGUCAAGAAACCGGUAGUGAGACGAUUGAAGCAAAGUGAACCGGUCGUACUACGUGUUAAUCAAACCACCGAAUUGGGAACAGUCAGUAUGCAAUUUGGCAGUCUUCAUCUUGCCAAUGGUGAGGAAACAGAACCGGACAAAUCGAUUCAUGAAGAUAUACCAGAGUCGGAGAGUGUGGCCGAUUCCGCUGUGGCGCUGGUAUCGACACCAGCCUCAGUCCCUGCUUCUACCCCAGCCCCCGCGCCCGCCGCCGCUGAGUCCAUGUCAUCCUCAGGUGGCGAAUCCAUGCCUGUCUCUAACCAACAACAACAACAACAGCAAGAUUCGUUGAAUGCACCUGCAGCCGGUAUGGCGGGCUAUUCGCGAACUCCCGAAGAUCAUUCCUCAUUGGCGGGUUAUCAAUCACAACCACAGGCAUCGCUUCCUCAGGAACCGCCACAAUUACAACAGCCGCAACCUUAUCUUCCUCCUCAUCAACAACAGCAACCACCUCAGACACAACAAGCUCAACCACAACCACCUUCGGCCAUGGAUCCCGUGGUCAAUCAUUACGCGCCUUACAUGGCCAACAACCUUCCCAAUACAGCCACUCUUUCCAAUUUUGCAAUGAAUCCUGCCAUGAUCUCCUUACCCGAGUAUGCCUUGUAUUCAUCCGGUGCUCAACGAGCAGCGGCUAUGGUAAGCAUAAAAAAAGGGAAUUCAUGAGGUGGAAGGGGAAGGGACAUGGAGAAAAAAAGCAAUCGCAUUUUUUUUUUUUGGAGUUACAAGGUCUGGAAAUACGGAUGGAAUG